AUGGUGCAGCUUACUCCGACCGAUUUCGCUGUGGCCAGUGCAGCGAUCGCACUUGGCGCCUGCGCUCUUUAUUCGAGGCGCAAUCGCCACGCUCUGCCUCCCGGCGGACUUGUGUCUAUCACUGUUCUGGGCCAGCCGUUCAUUAUCAUCAACGACCCCGCCAUUGCCGCGGAAAUCCUGGACAAGCGGGGCAACGACUAUGCUGAUCGGCCCACGUCCGAAAUGGCUGUGCUGUCUGGCUGGGAUCGCGUUCUGAGCAGUCUUCGUUACGGGCCGCGGUUGAGGGAGUACCGGAAACUCGUAAGCCAAGUCAUCGGGAGCAAGAACAGCAUGGCCAAGUUCCACUCUGCGGAAGAGUGGCAGGGAAAUAUGCUUCUCAAGCGAAUCCUGUCCAAUCCUUCCGCGUUUCGCGACGUGGGCACCUUCUGCAUCGAAUUGAGGAUUGUAAUGCUAAGACCACUGAAGGCCGCCAGGACGACGGCAUCGGCAACGAUUCUCCACAUUACGUAUGGUUAUAAGAUUUCGGAGGAGGGAGAGGAUUCCUUUGUCAGUCUAGUAGAUGGGGCCAUGAGUCAAUUUACAGAGAUCAUGCGACCAGGUGCCUUUUUGGUGGAGGCUCUCCCGCUCUUGAAAUAUGUGCCGUCAUGGUUUCCUGGCGCCCACUUCAAGCGACUCGCCAAAAAAUACGACACGGCAUGUGACAUGAUGGCGCAGACUCCGUUGGACUACGUGCAGAGGCAAAUGCAUAGCGGCCAAGCCAGUAACUCGUUCGUCGCAGACUUGCUAAUCCAGCCCGAUCUGUCGUUGCAAGAGCGCGAAGAUAUCAAGUGGUCAGCAGCGUCACUUUACGGAGCCGGAUCUGACACGACUGUUUCCGUUGUCACUGCCUAUUUCCUGGCAGCGGCUAAAUUCCCGCACAUUCAAGCAAAAGCACAAGAGGAGAUGGACCGAGUCGUCGGUCUAGCUGCGCCCCAUCGCGCGAUGAAGGACGAUGUAUACGAGGGCUAUUUUAUUCCCAAGGAUUCUGUGGUGAUUCCGAACGUGUGGAAAUUCUUGCACGAUCCUGCGACCUAUCGGGAUCCACUCACUUUCAAUCCCGAGCGUUUUCUGGGACCAGAUCCAGAGCGGCAUCCAGCCGAGGUCGGUCUCUUCGGCUAUGGGCGCAGGAUAUGUCCCGGCAUCCGUCUUGCUGACGUUUCCGUUUGGAUAAACAUUGCGAAGCUUGUGGCGGGGCUGACGAUAACUAAAGCCAAGGACGAGCAUGGUGUGCCUAUAGAGCCGGAAGUCGGCACGACAGAUGGCAUCAUCUGCCGCCCCGCCCCGUUUACGUGCAACGUCGAAGCAAGGUCCGCAAGUGUCUUGGGAAUGGUGGACGAGGCGUUGGCAUCUGACCCUGCUUGAGUAUCGAUACCAUC